AAAGUUUUAUUUAAAUCACCAAAAUGAAGUUUUUUCUCGGCAAUAACUAAACGUAACCUCAGCUGCCAGAAUCGCCAUAUUGUUUACAAAUUGUGUUACCCAAGUACGAAGUGGUGAUUUCUAUUUAUCGGCGUCUUAAUAUAUUUUCUGAGCUUUUUAUAAAAUAGAAAAUGGAGACAAUGAGUUUAGGUAACGACGACGAGGACUUUAAACGUGAUAUGGAAGAAGUAAAAUCAAUAUGUCGGUGUUGUUUAUCCACGGGAAAGUUUAUGCAUAACGCCUGUAAUUUUGAAGAGCUUUUCAAGGAUUUAACUGGGUUAUCUGUGCUACAAUCCGAUGGUUUACCGCAGUGGGUGUGUUAUGAGUGUGCCUCAUUACUGCGGAAGGCGGUCAGGUUCAAACACAAGGUGCUGAAAGCGCACUCUGUACUCUAUGAGUACCUCACACGCUGUGCACCGUUUCCUAUAGACGCUCAAGAUGUGGAGUUAUCCAAGUACUCCAGCCCUCACCUGGUCGCCACGGAGACCCUGCACCUGGACAUCAGUGGGAAGGGACGGAGUGGGGUCUACAAAGUUCUACAGCAUGUGAAAAAAGUUCAACCGUCAGAAUUGGACAGCGUAGCUUUACCACUUCUCGGUGAAGAACAAAAUAAUAUAAAAGAGGAAAUGGGAUUUUCUGAUUAUGAAGAUAAUAUUACUUUAGAAGAAUUCAGAUUAGAAGCAAACAAAAUAACAGAAGAUGAUUUAGCAUCAAUACUACAAGAAACAAAUCAAGUGGAAGUCAAGAAGGAGAAAGAAGUUAAAAAGAAGAAGAAGACUAAAAGAAAACAGGAAAAGAAGAUGGAAUCCGGUGAUGAGAACGAGGGUAAACCUCGAUCUUCGAUUCGAAAGACUGUUGAGUUGGACCCGAAUAAGAUCAGGAUUGUGACUCUCAACCCUGAGGAGCAGAUUAAACAGAGGGAGGAGGAAAGCAAGGCGGGCCUGCGUUUCCCCCAUCAAUGUCAUUUGUGUCAUAAAGGCUUUAAUUUUGAGUCGAAAUUGCAAAAUCAUAUGGCUAAACACAGUCCGUCCCGUGGCCCCUACGAAUGCAAGUUAUGCUUCAUGUACCUGCCGACUAACUACAGUUUCAGUGUUCACUCCUUCAUACACACCAGGAGAUACGAAUGCGUCGAGUGCAAGAGAAGGAUGAUAGACCGGUCCUCAAUCAUAGACCAUUAUAAGUCACAACAUGAAGGAUUAUUAACUGUGUAUACUUGUCAGAUAUGUGGAAAAGUUUCUAAUAAUAAUAAAACACAUAGAGGUCACAUGCGGAACCAUCACAGCGGGGUCCGGCCGAAGUGCGAACAGUGUGGCAAGACCUUUAUUAAUAACGACUCGUUGAAGGAUCAUCAACAAAUCCAUCUAGGCAUAAAGAAUUACGAAUGUGACACCUGCGGCAAGAAGUUUCGUACGAGAACACAGAUAAAACAUCACCAACUGAAGCAUAGUGAUGUGCAAGAAUUCUACUGCGUCGAGUGUGAUGUCAGGUUCAAAUCCUCGCACAGUCUUCGUCAGCACCUCACGAAGAGUCUCAAACAUAGAGACAAGUCGACAUUAAUGCUAAGAGCGUCCUGACCAACCACGUCCGCACCCACACCGGUGAGAAACCUUUCGAGUGCGCCGAGUGCGGGCGCAAGUUCUCCCAGCGCACCGCCAUGAGGAC